AUGUCACGGAAGAUCUUCGGCCUAGGCCUGUUCUCGUUUCUGGCCUUGUCGCCUUCCCUCGUUUCGGCGUUACAAAGUGAAUGUUACAGCAACAUCGGUGAUCUGAAAAUUCACAUGGGCUCGACCUAUCAAUCAUGGGGAAUGUGUCAAUCGCACUGCGAGAAAUACGACUACAGCGUAUACGGCGUGAAAGCCAAACAAUGUUGGUGCGGCGACAAACUACCCCCUACCAGCGCAAAAGUCCCCAAGAAAGAGUGCAACGAGGCAUGUCCUGGAUAUCCAAGUGACAACUGUGGAGGUGAUGACGUCUGGACUAUCCUAUACGACUCGUCAAGCAACCCCGAACACUCCAAAGCCCAAUCCUCAUCAUCCGAACCGAAGUCCUCGACUACCGAACCCAAGGCCACUCUGAGCGUGAACCCCAACCUCGUGGCCACCGGCGCAGCCACCCAAACCAGCAUCCCCAACAGCAUCCUGACCGCGCCCACGACGGCGCCCAAGAACGCUGACGUUGCAGAACCGUCCGCGCUCGCCGCGACGCAGGCAUCUUCAUCGUCCUCGUCAGCCUCGUCUAGCGCGGACCCCGAGAGUUCGUCUAACGGCGCUGCGGUUCCCGCUAGCCCGGCUUCUGUUGGGUCGGUUGUGGGGGCGAUUCUUCUACCAUUGGUGCUAGGGUCUGCCUUUUAA